UUCAAGUUCAAUCCUGAGUCUUUUCGAGAUUUUAAAAUUUAUUUUUAACCUUCAGAUUUAUUUUAGCUUCUUUUCUUUCUUUGUUUCUCCUUUGUCUCUUCUCCGUACCGUAAUAAAUUUUAGAGCUAGAAAAGCAAUGAAUGGCCGCAAAAAGAGUGGAAAUCUUUUUUUAAUUUCUUAAAUUUAUUUUAAUCUUUUUUAUUUUAGAAUUUAAAAAAUGUCUUUAAUUUUAAAUCAAAACGAGGAAAAUACAAAAAAAGUAAAUUCAUCAAUAAAUCAAGAAAAUGCUUUAUUUGGAGAGGAAUGCAAUCAACAAGAGGUAUUAAAUUUAAUUUUUGAAUUAAAAUUGUGUGUAGGAAAGAUGAUUUCCCGCCAGAUGUCCCAUUAACAAAAAUUUUUUUCUUAAAUUCAACAAAUAAACCUCCAAAUGUUGUUUUUUUAAAUAAGGCAAAAAUAAUUAAUUGUAUAUUUAUUUUGAGGCAUAUAAAUUCAAGAAAGGAGCAUUUCCUUCUCUCUAUUAUAUUCCCCUCCUUAACAACACAAUAAACAACACUAAUGGACUGACUUUUAUUAUUAUAUUCACCUUUUCCCCCAAAAAUUUUUUUCGUUUCUUCUUCCUUAGUUUUGGGCCGUCUUUUCAAUUUUUCGUCCAUUUCCUCUUUUUUGCUCUUCAAUUUUCUUUUCUCUCAAUCCUUUUUAGGCCAAUAUUUGCUUUAAGCUCUCCACUUGGC